UCCAUACUCGCUCUUACCUUCGUGUACUGUUAUUUGUUGAUAUAUAAUUGCAUUUCCGGACAGUAGGCUUUUGCUCUUCUGAGAAAUGGAGUACUGCUUCACUCCUGCUAGUCCUUCUUCGCGGCCUUCUACUGCUGCUCUUCUCCAUCCUCAGGGGUUUUCUUCAUCAUAUACUCGUAGAAGUCAUUCCAGUGCAUUGCAUCUAAAGGUGCCAUCCCAUCAAUCUAAACAAUUUAUCCAACUUACCCAUACAAGGGAUCAGCACAAAGGAGCCUCCCGCUUUGUAUAUUCAAGACCAUCAAAGGGGACCAUAAUUGCCAAGUCUGGUCGACAAGCUUGGGAUUUUAGUAGAUUUUUUAGAACAUUGUAUUUCUUCAAUGGGCCCCCAAAUCCUGUCGAGUUCAUCAGGUCUCUGAUUGAAAAACUGGCAAGCCCAACCGCUAGUGAACCAUCGAAGGAGAUGAAAACUUCUAGUAUAGUCCUGGUAACUGGCGCUACUGGUGGUGUUGGGCGAAGAGUAGUUGACAUCUUACGCAAGAAAGGGUUACCUGUUCGAGCACUGGUUAGAAAUAAAGAGAAGGCUAGAACCAUGUUCGGACCAGAUGUGGACUUGAUUGUUGCAGACAUUACAAAGGAUGAUACAUUAGCUCCUGAAUAUUUCAAAGGAGUGAGGAGAGUCAUAAAUGCGGUCUCUGUUAUUGUAGGACCAAAGGAAGGGGAUACUCCUGACAGGGCAAAGUAUAGCCAAGGAAUCAAAUUCUUCGAACCUGAGAUAAAGGGAGAUUCACCUGAAAAGGUAGAGUACAUUGGAAUUCAAAAUUUGAUCAGUGCCAUAAAGAAUAGUGUUGGACUACAAGAUGGAAAACUGUUAUUUGGAUUCAGAGGCAAUUUGUCAGGGAAGCUUGUAUGGGGUGCCUUAGAUGAUGUUGUCAUGGGAGGUGUUAGUGAGAGUACAUUUCAAGUUGACCCGACUGGUAACGAAUAUGGGGGACCAAGUGGGUUGUUCAAAGGAGUUGUUUCUACUGCAAACAAUGGUGGCUUUACCAGUAUCAGGACAAAAAAUUUUUCUGUACCUGAGGAUCUUUCAGCUUAUGAUGGUAUUGAACUGAGACUCAAAGGUGAUGGACGUCGUUACAAGCUUAUUUUACGCACUAGCGCUGAUUGGGAUACUGUAGGAUACACUGCUAGCUUUGAUACUGUAAAGGAGCAGUGGCAUACAAUAAAGAUACCUUUUUCAUCAUUGAGGCCUGUAUUUCGUGCUCGAACUGCAGUUGAUGCUCCACCCUUUGAUCCAAGCAACAUCAUUUCACUGCAGCUUAUGUACAGUAAGUUUGAAUAUGAUGGAAAGCUCAACCCAACAUUUGUGGAAGGCCCAUUUCAGCUUCCAUUGUCAAGCAUACGAGCAUACAUAAAUGAGCCAAUCACUCCCAGGUUUGUACAUGUGAGUUCUGCAGGAGUUACCCGACCUGACAGGCCUGGACUUGAUUUAAGCAAACAACCCCCUGCAGUGCGCUUGAACAAGGAGUUGGGCUUUAUUCUCACAUAUAAACUAAAGGGGGAGGAUUUGAUACGAGAAAGUGGCAUCCCUUAUGCAAUAAUUCGGCCCUGUGCACUGACUGAAGAGCCUGCGGGAGCUGAUCUCAUAUUUGACCAGGGAGACAAUAUAACGGGGAAAAUUUCAAGGGAAGAAGUAGCACGAAUAUGCAUUGCUGCUCUGGAGAGCCCACAUGCAUGUGGGAAGACCUUUGAGGUCUGGCACUUAUUAUAUCAUUUUCCAUGCUUCCUCUCAUGCUUUUAUUUUCUUCCUGAAUACCCAUUUGCCGAAGUAUCCUCAACUCCAAUAAGGUCAUCUUUUUGGAUAAUGGUCUUGUCAGUUUAUGGACGGGGGCUUUGCUGUCCAAUCUCCAUCUGAUGCAAACGGGAGCUUGGUUUGCACCAUGUGAUUGGUGGCAACAAGAAGAGUACCAUGAUGAUGUUGUCUCUAGAAAUUUACUCUCCCUGUUUGUAAUUGCAUGCAGGUCAAAAGCACCGUACCAUUUAGUGAGCCAUACACAGUGGACCCUUCAAACCCUCCCCCUGAAAAGGAUUAUGAUGUGUACUUCAAAACUUUGAAGGAUGGAAUUACAGGGAAAGAAGCAUUGGAAGGGAGCUUGGCGCCAAUUUGAGAAUUAUGCACAACUUUAAUUGAUGCUUAUGAGAUAAUCCUACUUAUACAGCUCUCUCUCAAAUGUCUUCAGCCCGGAUGAAUCUGAAUAUUCUUCCUUCCCUAUAUGGUUCGCUCUUGAUCAGCCUUCCUCCAAUUCACUGGCAGAAUUCUCUAUCAUUUGCUCUGUGCUUGUUUGGCCAGGAGUGCAGUCUCUGCAUGUAUGUUACUUCUAGUCGUGGAGUUACGUGAUUAGCAAUGCUUGAUUGUACAAAUUCCGGAUAUAGAUGCCUUUUGUAGGUAUUAAACCCAGAAUAUCUCUUAACAAGCAUGACAAAAAUUUUGUUUCUAUUUUCUUGAA